AUGGAGUCAACUGGGACAUUGGAAAAUCUGCUGUGCUACCCACCCCAGGACUCAGCUGCUUCAGAUUUGAAAUCCAAAUGGACCAGACCCCUGCUGCGGAGCGCCGGUUCUCAGUGGCCCGUGAAGGUGGCGGAAGAUCAGUCGAUUGAACCUUGCUGCGAUAUCAAGAACACUGAUAACGAGAGGCCAGAUUCUAAAGUUCUUUUUCUGGAAAAGCAGAACUCUGACAUACCUGCGUGUCCCCCUAAGACGUCACCACCGGGCCUGCGGCUCGGCUGCCGGCAGCUGCCAUCAGCGGUGAGCAAUGACGCUUCCCAGGGGCCCAGCAAGACAUCACCCAACAUCCCGCUCAGAAUGAACUCACGAGGCUUCGGGCCGGGAUUAGGCCACGGCGGCCCCAUGGUCCGCUCCGUGCGGGUGAAAUACGAACUGCGCCCCGGGCCCGGAGGGGUCAUCCGUCCAGGGAAACCCAUGUGGACUCCGCUCGGCCCGCCUCUGCUGGUUCUCCUGCUCCUCUGCUCAGUGUGCCACCAUGCCACUGGCUCUGCCCUCGACGCCACCAACUCUGGGAAAAAUGAACUCUCGCCCACAGACCGGACCACGGAGGGGCCCGGGGGGUCGUCGGGAAGCGAGCCGUCCUCGGCGACCGACGAAGACUACAGUUCGGAAGAGUAUGAGAACGAACCCCAGAUCUCUGGAUACGUACUAGACGACUCCAUCAGAGUGGAGCGUUUAGAGAAACCCAGGAGAAACAAAACCGACAGUGAAAAAAACCCAGACAGGCCCAAGAGGAAGAAGAACAGGGGUAAAAACGGCAAGAAUCGGAAAAAUAAAAAGAAGAAAACUCCGUGCGAUGUGGACUUCAAAAAUUUCUGCAUCCACGGGGAAUGUAAAUACGUCGAAAGCGUCCAGAAAGCAACAUGCAAGUGCCACCAGGAUUACUUCGGCGAACGGUGUGAGGAGCAGUCCAUGAAGACUCACAGCAGAGGAGACAGUGAUUUCUCAAACACGGCUUUAGCGGUGGUUGCGGUUCUGGUUUCUGUCAUCAGCUUCACGGCAAUUGUGGUCGUUAUUACGAUUCAGAUACGGAAAAGAUAUUCCAAUAGUUGCAAAGAGGAAGCUGAAGAAAGAAAGAAACUCCGUCAAGACACUGGAAAUGGGCAUGUGAUUGUGUAACGGGACCCAGCCCUCAGGUUGUCGAAGAAAUGGUCACUACCGAAUCCCAGCCAUGACUGAAAUGACCCGCUUUACGCAGACCAUUAGAAAAUGGACCCUUUCUGAUGGCUAUUACCUUAGAAGUCAUUUUAUGCUAAAAGGAUUUUCUGUACAUACAAAAAGUAUGGAGAUGUAAAAGUAUUUUUUUCCAAAUGUAAAUAACUUAUUUAAUAUUUAAUGGCAGCGUAUUUAUUUUACAACUCAUUAAACCUUUUUUAUCA